AUGGACGAGAAGACCAAGAAAGCAGAGGAGGUGGCCCUGAGCCUCAGCCGGGCAGUGGCAGGCGGGGAUGAGCGGGUAGCCAUGAAGUGUGCCAUCUGGCUGGCAGAACGAAGGGUGCCCCUGAGUGUGCAACUGAAGCCUGAAGUUGCCCCAUCACAGGAUAUCAGGCUGUGGGUGAGCGUGGAGGAUGCUCAGAUGCACACCAUCACCAUCUGGCUCAUAGUACGCUCUGACAUGACAGUGGCUUCCCUCAAGGACAUGGUAUUCCUGGACUAUGGCUUCCCUCCAGUCCUGCAGAGGUGGGUGAUUGGGCAGCGCUUGACGAGAGACCAGGAAACCUUGCACUCCCAUGGGGUGCGGCGAAAUGGGGACAGUGCCUACCUGUAUCUGCUGUCAGCCUGCAGCACCUCACUCAGUCGCCAGGAGCUGCAGCGAGAGCGACAGUUACGGAUGCUGGAAGACCUGGGCUUCAAGGACCUCACACUGCAGCCAAGGGGCCCCCUGGAGGCAGCUGUCCCCAAGCCUGGGGCGCCCCUGGAGUCCAGGCAGGGGCAGCUGGAAGCCACACCUGAGACCCCUCAGGUGGGCUGGCAGUGCCCUGGAUGCACCUUCAUCAACAAACCCACGCGUCCUGGCUGUGAGAUGUGCUGCCAGUCUCGGCCGGAGGCCUACCAGGUCCCUGCCUCCUACCAACCAGACGAGGAGGAGCGAGCACGCCUGGCUGGCGAGGAGGAGGCGCUGCGCCAGUACCAGCAGCGGAAGCAGCAGCAACAGGAGGGGAACUACCUGCAGCAUGUCCAGCUGGAUCAGAGGAGCCUGGUGCUGAACGCCGAGCCCACCGAGUGCCCCGUGUGCUACUCAGCACUGGCGCCCGGCGAGGCCGUGGUGCUACGGGAGUGUCUGCACGCCUUCUGCAGGGAGUGCCUCCAGGGCACCAUCCGCAACAGCCAGGAGGCGGAGGUCUCCUGCCCCUUCAUUGACAACACCUACUCGUGCUCGGGCAAGCUGCUGGAGAGGGAAAUCCGGGCGCUACUGACCCCAGAGGAUUACCAGCGAUUUCUGGAUUUAGGUGUCUCCAUCGCUGAAUACCGUAGUCCCUUCAGCUACCACUGCAAGACCCCCGACUGCAAAGGAUGGUGCUUCUUUGAAGAUGACGUCAAUGAGUUCAAGUGCCCCGUGUGUUUCCAUGUCAACUGCCUGCUCUGCAAGGCCAUCCACGAGCAGAUGAACUGCAAGGAGUACCAGGAUGACCUGGCCCUACGGGCUCAGAAUGAUGUGGCUGCCCGGCGGACCACUGAGAUGCUGAAGGUGAUGCUGCAGCAGGGUGAGGCCAUGCGCUGCCCGCACUGCCAGAUCGUGGUGCAGAAGAAGGACGGCUGUGACUGGAUCCGCUGCACCCUCUGCCACACCGAGAUCUGCUGGGUCACCAAGGGCCCUCGCUGGGGCCCAGCGGGCCCGGGAGAUAUCAGCGGGGGCUGCCGCUGCCGGGUGAAUGGCGUUCUUUGUCACCCCAGCUGUCAGAACUGCCACUGA